CUCUGUGGAAGAAUACAUUACAUCUUCAUUCUCUCACCAAAUUCAUAUCUUUCCCUCUCAUUGCUCGCCGUCGAGAGCUAUCUCCUCAACGCGCUCUCGAUCGAGCUUUGUAUUUGGUGUCGAUCGUCUCCGAUGAUGCAAUUGCGAGGGAAAUGAACUGCGUUAACAAAAUGGACAUGGCAGCGCAGCUGAAGCGGGGCAUAUCACGGCAAUUCUCGACGGGGUCGGUGCAGAGGAGCGGCAGGUUCAGCUUCCGGCGCCAAAAUUCGCUCGAUCCACGCCGCAAUACGUUGCGUUUCAGCUUCGGCAGGCAGUCUUCGCUAGAUCCGAUUCGGCGGUGUCCGUCUGAUGAAGCCGAAUUGCUGACGGUGCCGGAGAACCUCGACUUGACUAUGCAGCUCCUCUUCAUGUCUUGCCAGGGCGACGUAGAGGGUGUCAAGGAGUUGCUGGAUGAAGGGAUUGAUGUCAAUAGCAUCGAUUUGGAUGGCCGAACAGCUCUGCAUAUUGCCGCUUGCGAGGGGCAUGUGGAGGUGGUGAAGCUCCUGCUCAGCAGAAAGGCCAAUAUCGAUGCCCGUGAUCGAUGGGGCAGCACGGCAGCAGCUGAUGCUAAGUAUUAUGGAAAUUCUGAAGUGUAUAGUAUUUUGAAGGCCCGUGGGGCCAAAGUUCCAAAAAUCAGAAAGACACCAAUGGCUGUUGCUAAUCCGCGGGAAGUUCCAGAGUAUGAGCUCAAUCCCCUGGAACUUCAGAUUCGCAGAAGUGAUGGUAUCAAGGGAUCUUAUCAAGUUGCUAAAUGGAAUGGUACAAAGGUUUCAGUGAAGAUUCUCGAUAAGGAUUGCUAUUCAGACCCUGAAAGCAUAAAUGCUUUCAAACAUGAACUAAUGUUGUUAGAGAAAGUACGACACCCUAAUGUUGUUCAGUUUGUUGGUGCUGUCACUCAAAACAUUCCGAUGAUGAUUGUUUCUGAGUAUCACCCAAGAGGUGACCUGGGUACCUAUCUUCAAAAGAAAGGGCGUCUAUCUCCUUCUAAAUCUCUAAGAUUUGCCCUGGAUAUUGCCAGGGGCAUGAAUUAUCUUCAUGAAUGUAAACCAGACCCAAUUAUCCAUUGUAGUUUACAGCCAAAAAAUAUUUUGCUGGACGAUGGAGGUCUCUUGAAAGUUGCAGGAUUUGGUUUGCUUAGACUGUCAAAAAUUUCUCCCGAGAAAGCAAAAUUGGUGCAGCCACAUGCUUAUGACCGUUCAAGUUACUAUGUGGCACCUGAGAUUUAUAGGGAUGAUAUAUUCGGUAGAAGUGUUGAUGUGUACUCUUUUGCUAUCAUACUUUAUGAGAUGAUGGAAGGAUGCCCUCCUUUCCAUCCAAAACUCCCUGAAGAGGCUGCAAAGUUGUUAUGUAUAGAAGGAAAAAGACCAACAUUCAAGACAAAAUCCAAAUAUCCUCCUGAUCUGAAAGAGUUGAUUGAAGAAUGUUGGGAUCCUGAACCUGCUGUAAGGCCAACAUUUUCCCAGAUCAUAGCGCGGACAGAUAAGAUUGUCACAAAUUGCUCUAAACACGGGUGGUUGAAGGACACUUUUAAGCUUCCUUGGUUAUAAGGGAUGCAUUGAAUUGGCAUUCAUCAUAAGGUGCACCCGAAAAAGGUUUUUGGUCCGGUUAGCGCAAGAGAACUUUGGAGAGCUUCUAUGGCCAACUAAAAUAUACUCCGUAUGAUGCAGGGAGGACAUUCGGACUUAGCUGGUAAUUUAGACAUGUCCUCCAAGCUUGGUGCUGCGCGAGUUUUUACCUCCCGUGGCCUGAAGUUCUGGAUUAGAACUAAAAUUUUCCGCAUUCAUUUUUUUGAAUUAAAGUUUGUGCACACCAAGGUUUACAUCAAGAUGUACAUACAGUCUAGAAAAAAUUUUCCAAAUCUCAUUUGUGAAAAUUAUUUUGAGUUGUAAAUUCCUUCUUUAGCGUAGGUGAACACCAAGAAUUGUCCUUCAUUGUUUUGCCAAAACAGAAUUUCUUC